AUGACUACGAUUCAUAAAUUUAAAGAGUAUAUAGCAGAGCUAAUAUCUGGCAGAAGAGAUGAGAAAACGUGUUUCUCUGUGACAAUUGACGAUGAUGCUGAUGAUAAGUCAGUCUUUGGUGCCAUCUCAAAUGAUGAUCAAGCAGUACAAGAUAUGAUAAUUAGUAUUUAUGCAUAUUGGAAAUUGUUAAUAAAACGUCUCAUCGAUUAUGUAGCUUUGUCUAUACGUGCACGAUGCGUCUUUAACACAUGUCCUGGUAUACGAGAAUGUUUGAGACAGAUUCCUAUCGAACAACCUAAUUUCGCUGAUGUAAAUCUUGCUGAGGAUACAUUUGUUCGAGCUAAACAACAACAAUUACAACACACAAAAGAACGGUUGGAGAAAGUCGAUGCUAUAUUUGGCGGUGGUCGAAUAACAAUCGAUGGCAAUGAUAUGUUUGCUAGUGGUGCAAUGUCAAUUGAAAAUUCUCCAUUGAUGACUUUAGAUAAACUUGCAGAAAAUCUAACUUCCACUAAUGCCAUUGAAAAUGAUGAUCCUUCAAUAUCUACGCCCAGCAAAAAUACUCAAUAA